AUGUCCACCGCAUCCAACAGCCAACUUUUAGCCACAACAAAACGUAUUUUUCAUGAAAUCGCCCAGCAACUUUUUCUAAAGACCCGAGAGCCCAUAAGACCGCAGAAUUAUAGGAGCGGUACCUUUCGGCAGUCGAAAAGUUAUACACUUCUCCAUGAGGAAGAGCAACAUCUAGCAGAUCACAUAGCAGUCCUGGCCCAAGCUAAGGAGGGCGCAACUGGUGUAUCGGCAGCUAUGAUCGAAGAGGGCAGUGGCCGAAAUUCGUCAUCCCUAACCAUUAGAAUUGCAUCAAACGAGACGCCUUUACCAGAAACUGUGGAUGGAUUGCGUAGAUGUUUAGACAUAGUGGAGAAAGCUGCUCGUGAGGAAACGGACGAGCACAAAGGUACUCACAAGUCAAACCUCCUCAUGCAAAUCAUCAAGCUGAGCAAAAAUCGUCUGCGACGUCGUAUUGUACCAAAGAAUCGAGGUGGAAAAGUCAGACCUCCGCUUUUUGACAGUGUUGAAUCAUUGCGAUGUAGGCUUUUGGUAUUAGAGACCAAUAUUGAAAAUCCCUCUCUACAAAAUACUCUUUUUGUUGAUCUUUCAGAACUGUGCCAGAAGAUUGAAAGCUUUACUCUCUCUUCCGAAGACAAACAAACGGAUCGAUUAACCUCAGUAAUCUUAGCUGCGCACAGAGUGUCGACGACUGCCAAUUAUCCGUCACUUGAAUGUCAGCUCCAAAUGAAAGGCAUUAACCUGGAUCUCAGCUACCGCCGCACUGUCUUCCAAAUCGACAAGAUAAGCAGAUACCUAGACAUCAGUAACGACCUGAUAGACUUUUCCCGGAAAAUCAGGUGUAAUGGUUUAUUUCGCAACAUCCGCUUGGAAGUGUGCACGGCACCCAAGGCUCAGUAUCACAAUGAUCAAAUCUUGCAUGUUCAUAGUGAAAUACAACUCAUCUUUUUCUAUGAGCAAAAUCCUGCGGACUUGCCUCCAAGGUGCAUAGGAUCUAGUAAGUCGGCUUGCUUUCUAUUCAUUAAGAAACAUGGAGUGUACCGUAUUUCGCAUUCGCAUGGCAGACUGUAUCCAAAAUGGACGGUGCCAGAAGGAGAGUGCGUGAAUGAAGAGUUAAAUCUAAGGUUCAGUGAGAUUUUGAAAGAUAUGAGUCAGGAAAUGCUGCAGAUCAAAAAGAAUUUCGUGAGACGACCCGGGUAUGAAGGAAAUGGUGCAGAGAGCAGAGUACAUCUAUUGAUACUUCCGUCGAACUUCAAUGCAAUUUCAAGCCCUACAACAGAAAUGAGAGCUUCUUUGAGGUCAGGAACUUCAUUAAAAAUUGCCGUUAUUCAUGAGUCUCAGUCUGAGUUCUGCGAAGCCUCGAAAGCCGCAAUAAACACCACAUGCCAAGCUUGUGAUCUCCCGCCAAGUACGACUACCAGUUCGACUGUCGCAACAGGAGCUUUGAACGGGGUUAGUACUGCUCUCGAAUCAGGGGUUAUCUCAGGCUCCAACUCGGUACCUUCCAUUAGCUCAAAAUCACCACACCCAAGUCCCUUAUACGAGUGCCACUCACAAAACCUUCCCAUUAAAAUCCUUAUCUCACCCGAUAACCUCCUAGACACGAUCAUUCUCUCCAUCGGUAAAGUAGAAUACAUAUUUGAUAUUCGCGAUAUGGAAUUUGGAUAUCUCAAUAUCAAACCAACGAAGCAAAUUGAUAUACUGAAAGGAAGGAAGCGAUCGCAAAGUAAAGGAUUAGCUGAAGAAAACCAUGAAGAACUCCGACUUAUAGAUGUCAGGGGUUCUGAACUUGAUGGCGAAGUUGUGCUCACCGGCAGAAAUUCGGAUUCAAAGGAAGUGGAGUUUUUUAUGAAUGAUGGGGGAGAGUGUAACAUUUGUGUCAAGAUUGUAUGGGGUGUAGAAGAGGGGUAA